AUAUAAAGAGAAUUAAAUGAUUCAAAUUCAAAUUAGCCCCUGAUUAACCUGUAAAAUAAAAAAUAACCUGUAAAUAUAUCUAACCUGUAAGUCAAUCGUCCUAACAUGUAAAUGACGUGUACUUUUGACAAAAUCUCCAAAUUAAGCAGAAGAAGAAAAGUUUUUAACCAAAUUACACUACUCCCCUCCUCCCUUCCCUCCUUCCUCCUCCUCCCUUCACUGUCAGUCAGUCAAAAGAAAAAUCAAAACAAAUUUUUUGGAAAGGCAUAUAACACCUUUUUUGAAGUGUGCAGGAUUGUUGUUUAUACCUAUAGUCAUAGAUCUUAUAACAACAACUAGCUAUCAACUAUCAGAUACAACAACGAUGCUGGGUCCCUCUACUUCAAGUGAAAGAUCGACUAUGAAUGUCAAUGGUCAUUUGAAUGAUCAACAGCAACAACAACAACAACAACAACAAUUACAUCAUUCAGAUGGUGGUGCUCCUGGAGCUGGUGGUAGACACGAUUAUGAGACUGCUACAGCUACUGCUGCUGCUGCUGUGUCUGCUUCUGCUGGUUAUGCUACGGGUCUUACUGCUGAUGAAGCUAAUCAAUUCCAUGCUUCUCAUCAAUAUCAUACUGCUUCUGCUGCUGCAGCAGCUGCUGAAAUUCAACAUCGUCAAGAACUUCAAAGAAGACAACAACAAAUACAACAGCAAGAAUUACAACAACAACAGAUACAACAAUAUCAACAGCAACAACAACAGCAACAACAACAUCAACAACAAUUGCAACAACAACAACAACAGCAACAGCAAUUGCAACAGCAACAUUUACAACAACAACAGCAACAACAACAACUUCAUCUUCAUGAUACUCAACUUAAUGAAGAAUAUGAAGGUGCUAUUCUUCAAUCAAGAUAUAUUGAAAAUGAAAUCAUUAAAACUUUUUCCAGUAAACAAGAUCUUGUCAAAUUUGUUAAAUAUACUUUAAGUGAUGAAGAACGUUGUAAAAUUGUUAUUAAUUCUUCUAAACCAAAAGCAGUUUAUUUCCAAUGUGAAAGAUCAGGUUCAUUUAGAACUACCGUUAAAGAUUCAACCAAAAGACAAAGAAUUGCUUAUACUAAAAGAAAUAAAUGUGGUUAUAGAUUAGUUGCUAAUUUAUAUCCUCCUGAAAAAGAUAAGAAGAAAGUUAAAAAGGAUAAUAAUUUAGAUGAUAAAUUAAAUGAUUAUUCUUCAACUAAUCAAGAUGAAAUGUGGAUUUUAAGAAUGAUUAAUCCUGCUCAUAAUCAUGCUCCAGAUCCUCCAACUGGAAGUAAAAAGAAAGAUAAUAAAAAUGCUAGAACUUUAGUGGAAAAACCUCUUAAUAAAGGUGGUAAUCCUUAUGUAUCAAAUGAUGUUCUUACUCAUUUACAUCCUCAUAAUGGUUUAGGUCAUCAUUCGGCUCAUUUACAAGGUCAUUUACAUGAUCAUCAUACUCCUUCAGUCCAAGAUCCAGCUGUUAUAGCUGCCAUUGAAGCAACUCCUUCUAAUGCUGCUGCCGUGGCUGCUGCUGCUGCUUUACAUUCUCAAAAUCCAAAUGUCGAUCCAAAUAUAGAUCCAAAUGUGGAUCCAAGUGUUCAAGCUCAUGAUCAUGCUCAUGGUAUUAGAGGUUCUGCUCCUUUACAAAAUCUUAGAAGAUGAAUCUCAAAAACUGGGAAUUGAAAAAAAAAAAAGAAGAUGAGGUUUUUGAUUAACCCUCUAUCCUUCAAUUGUAUAUUUAGUUAUCACUGUUUGAUUAUUAUGUAUUGUUUGUCUUAUCUUGUUAUUUGAUAUUUAGUUUUAUUAUUUUUUGUUUUGUUUGUCUGUUUGUUUUCCUAUUAUUUUCUUUUGUUUAACUUUUUAUAGGAUAUUAUUGUUAUCAUUAUUAUAUUUAUAUAUUAUUAUUAUUAUUAUAUAUUAACU